AUGGCAGACGUUAUGCAGCUAGGGCGACAGGCUUCUGGAGUUGAACGAGGCGCACACGUCGAGUGCCUAUCUGGCGUUCUCCGUGUCGACGACUGGUCGUGGCUUGCAACGGAGCCAUACAAAGUUCUUCAAAGAACCGAUUGGACCCGCAUUUGCCAAUCCGGACCCUAUGCGUUGAUGGCGCUAAGGUCCGAAUGUCAGCCUGUGGCUUUGGUCUUCCCCCCCUCUUGCACUCAACCUUCUUUCCCAUCUCUCACCCGACUUGUGGCCUCAUAUCAGCGACACCGCAUGGUGUUGGCGGCACGCAUCGAUCGCCGCGCCGCCGAAACACUCAUCGGACUCUCCAUUCCGAUGGAUGGCAGCUGGGCGCGAAUGGGCGGUGAGGCUGCUCUUGAGCGCAUUCUGGUGUCGUUCACGGCCUGUUCAGUACGUGUGACAGCUUGUGCGGGCUUCAUGCUGGCCCCGAAGCCCGACAUACUUAUCCCGGGCGCCGGGGCCCAAGAACAUGGGCCGGACCGGUGCCACAAACGAGUGGACCUUGAUGUUAAUCCCGCGGUUGCCGUGCUCCCGCUACUCAGUCCAGUCCUUACCUCCCCACUGCUCACUCUCGGGUUGGCGGAUAGAUAG